UGUGCAAAAUACUUAUUUACGACUUGUAACAUAUGUACGACGCAACGAUAGACCAUUAAGUAGCGAAUUGCCGUUGGAACUUACGAUAUUACUAUUGCCCACACGAAUUCCAAUUUUUUUUUUCUCUUUUUACCGAAUCAAAUUGCGAUAAAUUCCACGGGAGUUUGAGUUUUGUUUCACUAUUUUUCCUGGGCAAAGCACAAGUGUGUAUUAACUGUGUUGAGGCCACCUGGACGCGUCAAAAUAAUGACCAUCAUCACGGCUGUAUUUUUAUUUCCCCAUUUUUUUUUUUUUAUUCCUUUGAAAGGUUCUUACGCAACGACGGAAAUUGUCGGCUGCGGGGUGGACGGAAGGAGGAGAAAUUCGCAACAGAAGAAAAAUGUAAAAAGGAGGAAAAAGGGAUUUACGACUGUGAAACAGGAACAUGGCGUUGUUUUUACGAUUUCCUCCAUUGAGAAACAGUCGAUGUUACCGGCCACUUCAUCUGGAGGAUAUCCGGCUCUCAAGAUGCUUCCAGGAAUUCUGAGACUUAAGAGUUGGGGACAAUUGGUGAGGAAUAUUGCUGGAGACAAUUUCACUCAGUCAAGUGGAAUGGGAGAACGAGUGCCAGUGGAAGUUGUGACGGGAAAUUGGUCAUUGAGGUUUGACGGGUGUUCGCGUUGUUCAAGAGGACAAUUUUUAAUUGCAGAGGGAGUGGCACAUGCGGAAGAAUUUUUAUAGCAAAAAAUUUGUACGAAAAAAAAAUAAAAAUUAUUGUAUUUUCCAAAUAAACUUAUCCGAUCAUGAAUUUCCAUAAAAUUCCUUCAGAAACCGUCAAAUAAUCAAGAGAAUUUUCAAAUUCAUCCCCUAAAAAAUUCCAAUA